ACCCAACAGCAAUGACUUGCAGGUUAUAACACUGUCUGUGAGCGCCAGAGACAAUGGGACGGUUCCAAGGUCCACACCUGAACCUAGAGCAGUGGAGUUGACAAUUGUUUCGUCAAGCGUUAGUGAGAUCUAUGUAGUUGAAACUGUAGAGGAGAACAUCCCUGUUGACACUGUCGUAGCCAAUUUUUCUGACAAGCUGCAAACGGAAAAUACUGAAGACCCCCCUGGGAAGUACAGGUUCAUCUUACAGGACGAUGGAUCAGGGCAGGCGCAGAUUUUUUCUCUCGACAACACGACGGGCAUCUUGACGACUGCUGCGGACAUCGACAGGGAGUCCCCCAUUUUCCAGGGGAGGUUCACGUUCACCGUGUUGGCAAAGAAAGAGGGGUCAUGCGAUAGCAAGCUGAUAUCUGUUACCAUCGACGUAACUGACACCAAUGACAACACACCAGUCUUCAGCGCUCAGUCAUACGUCGGACACAUUGCUGAAAAUGCGACGGCUGAUGAUUUUGUCAUUUUCCGUAACAAAGGACCAGAGGCUACGGAUGCGGACUUUGGGUGUAACGGAACCGUGACGUUCGGGAUACACUCAUCUCAAGAUGGUGGAAUGUUUGCGAUCAACCCACAGACGGCAGAGAUCUACGUGUCUUCCGGCAGUGAAUUUGACAGGGAGUCAAAAGAUCAGUACAGUUUCACAAUUACCGCAACAGACAGAGAUGGGGGCAUUGGAAGCUUCACAGGGACAGCGAGUAUAACCAUCAUCAUUGAUGACAUCAAUGAUAACGCACCAAUCAUACAUUCCACCCAGGAUCAUAUAGACUUGUACGAAAAUGUCACUAGAGGACAUCUUAUUACCACUUUGUCGGCGACAGACGCCGAUGAAGGCGCUAACGCGGAGAUAGUGUACAGCUUGGAAGACGAUGACGGCUUGUUUUUGUUUAAUAUCCACCCUACCACAGGGGAGCUUAAGGUAACCAGUGGUCACCUCGAUAGGGAAACUACUGAAACCUACGAGCUCACGAUAUUCGCUCGCGAUCGUGGGAGUCCUUCUAAAACUGGAACGCAAAGCAUGACAAUUACGAUCUUGGACUGUAACGACAAUGCUCCGAUAUUCUCCCAAAACGUCUACAAGUUCUCUGUAAGGGAAGACGUCGGAGUAGGAACAACAAUUGCUACCAUAAGUGCUACUGAUGGCGACGUAACGAAACAGAAUUCUGACGUAAGGUAUACAAUCGUGAAUGGCAGAGGGACAUUUUAUGUUGAUAGUAUUACCGGUGCAGUGGUUGUAAAUAAUACUCUGGAUUACGAAGAAGGGCAGACAUAUUUUGAGUUUGAAGUGGAAGCAGAAGACACGGGAAACCCUGUCUUAACAGGGAAACGGAGUAUUCUGCAAAUCAACGUCCUGGACGCGAAUGACAAUCGUCCAAUCAUCUCUGUAAACCAGAACUAUAGCCUCCUUACUACAGCUCCAAAGGGAUCUAUAGUUACAGUAGUACAAGCCUCAGAUCUGGACAGUGGAGACAAUGGGAAGGUAACGUUCGCCAUAGAUCCACCACAAGAUAGUUCAUCAUUGAUGAAGAAACGGGCAUCGUCAAACUGA